AGCCACGUCCUUUCCAUGGAGCCCCUCCGAACUUUCUUAUAUCACUCAUCGUCCCACCCCACUUCUCAGUUCUCACCCUCACACUCUCACUUCCCCACCUCACUCGCCAUGCCUCGCUCCCUCCUCACUCCUCCUCUCCUCCUCUUCUUUUUCUUCCUUCUUCUAUCUCAUCCCAUCUCUUCUGCUCCUCACCCUGCCAGGACCUUCAUCUUUCGGGUUCAUUCUGACUCCAAACCUUCUAUUUUCCCCACCCAUUAUCACUGGUACACCGCCGAGUUCGCUGAGCCCACUCACAUCCUUCAUGUUUAUGACACUGUUUUCCACGGCUUCUCUGCUUCCCUCACUCCGCAGCAGCUCGAUUCCAUCCGACAGCACCCUGCCAUCCUUGCCGUCUCCGAGGACCGUCGCCGUCAGCUUCACACCACUCGUUCCCCGCAGUUUCUCGGCCUCAGAAACCAGCGCGGUCUCUGGUCUGAAUCUGACUACGGCUCUGACGUCAUCAUCGGAGUUUUUGACACUGGAAUUUGGCCCGAACGCCGCAGCUUCUCAGAUUCCAAUUUGGGUCCCGUUCCGCGUCGCUGGAAAGGGGUCUGCGAGGCGGGGGUGAGGUUUUCCGCGAGCAACUGCAAUAACAAGCUCAUUGGUGCUCGAUUUUUCUCUAAAGGUCACGAGGCGGGGCCCAGUUCCGCUGGCCCCUUGAACCCCAUCAACGACACUGUUGAAUUCCGAUCUCCUCGAGAUGCGGAUGGUCAUGGGACCCACACAGCAUCGACUGCAGCGGGUCGGUAUGCUUUUCGAGCAAGUAUGUCGGGUUAUGCUUCUGGAAUCGCGAAGGGUGUGGCCCCCAAAGCAAGAUUAGCAGUAUACAAGGUUUGCUGGAAGAACUCGGGCUGCUUCGAUUCUGAUAUACUGGCUGCUUUCGACACCGCCGUGGCUGAUGGGGUUGAUGUCAUUUCCAUAUCAAUUGGCGGUGGUGAUGGCAUCGCCUCGCCGUACUAUCUUGACCCCAUUGCGAUUGGUUCCUAUGGUGCCGUUUCCAAAGGGGUUUUUGUAGCGUCUUCGGCUGGAAACGAUGGGCCUGGAGGUAUGUCGGUGACCAACUUGGCGCCCUGGCUGACGACUGUUGGAGCAGGCACUAUCGAUAGGGAUUUCCCUGCCGAUGUGAUUCUCGGUGAUGACCGGAGACUAUCCGGCGUCUCUCUUUACUCUGGAGCACCGGUAAGCAAGAAAAUGUAUCAACUGGUUUACCCUGGUAAGUCGGGGGUCCUGGCCGAUUCACUGUGUAUGGAAAAUUCACUCGAUCCCAACCUUGUCAAGGGGAAGAUUGUAAUAUGUGAUCGGGGAAGCAGCCCCAGAGUUGCUAAAGGAUUGGUGGUGAAAAAGGCCGGUGGUGUGGGAAUGAUUCUAGCUAAUGGUCUUUCUAAUGGUGAAGGUCUCGUUGGUGACGCUCAUCUUCUUCCCGCCUGUGCUAUUGGCGCGGAUGAAGGUGAUGCCAUCAAGGCAUAUGUGUCUUCUUCCGCAAAUCCCACGGCCACCAUUGACUUCAAAGGAACGGUGCUUGGAAUUAAACCAGCACCGGUUUUGGCUUCUUUUUCAGCCAGAGGACCAAAUGGUUUAAACCCAGAGAUAUUGAAACCGGAUUUGAUCGCCCCGGGAGUUAACAUUCUUGCUGCCUGGACCGAUGCUGUCGGUCCCACCGGGUUAGAUUCUGAUACGCGAAGAACUGAAUUCAACAUCUUAUCUGGUACUUCAAUGGCCUGUCCUCAUGUAAGUGGUGCGGCGGCGUUGUUAAAAUCGGCACAUCCAGAUUGGAGCCCGGCUGCUGUAAGGUCAGCGAUGAUGACGACCGCAACUUUACUGGAUAACAGAAACCAGCUCAUGAUCGACGAAGCCACCGGGAAAGCUUCGACCCCAUAUGAUUUUGGUGCCGGACAUCUCAACCUGGGUCAGGCAAUGGAUCCUGGCUUGGUAUACGAUAUCACCGACAAAGAUUACGUGAACUUUUUGUGCGCCAUCGGUUACGGGCCCAAGCUCAUUCAGGUGGUGACCCAAUCACCGACGAAUUGUCCUGCCAGGAAGCCAUUGCCGGAGAAUUUGAACUACCCAUCUUUCGCGGCUCUGUUCCCGAGCUCAUCCAAAGGGGUAAUGAGAAAGACGUUCAUCAGGACGGUGACGAACGUGGGUCCGGCGAACUCGACUUAUCGGGCGAGAGUGGAGUCACAGCCGCCGGAGGUUGGGGUGAGUGUAAGGCCGUCGCAGCUGACGUUCUCAGGGUCAGUGAAGAAGCGGAGCUAUGCGGUGACAGUGACAGCAGAUGGCCGGAAUCUAAAGCUGGGUCAGGUCGGGGCGCUGUUCGGAUCGAUUUCAUGGAGUGAUGGAAAACAUGUGGUUCGGAGCCCCAUCGUUGUUACUCAAAUAGAGCCCCUGUAACGGUCAAGUUCUGCCUCCCUCACGCGUGGGCGACGGAUAUGUUUGUCGAUAUCCGUUUUUUCCUUUUCUGAAGCAAAUUUAAUUUUUACUUUUUUUGGCUGAGUGUUAGUGUGAUUUUCCCCUCUCGCUAGUCUGCCAUAGCUUCGUGAUGCAUUUACGGACUCCAAGGCGUCUAUUUAGUACAGAACAUAAACAAGUUAUUUAACUUAUGAGUGAGUGUGUAAAACUGAGAAUGUUAGUAUGGAAUGAGCUUCUGUUUGGGGUGAAGGGGGUGGGAUUAGCUAUGUAUAGGUUGGUUAAAAUUGAGAUCGUGUUGUGCUCGUUUGCUCGCGGUCCUACGUCAAGUGGCCCAAUCCUACUCACUUGGGCCCCUAUUUAGUCCAAUUAUUAUUUUGUAUCUUUUUAACUUUCCAAACAUGCUUCUAGGCCCAAUUUAAGUCU